AUGGGUAAAGAUCACACUAAAAAGCAGCACGUUAGAGUGUCUCACAGAACCGCCCCAAAGUCUGACAACGUCUACUUGAAGGUCUUGGUGAAGUUGUACACCUACUUGGCUCGUCGUACCGAUGCCCCAUUCAACAAGGUUGUGUUGAGAUCUUUGUUCUUGUCUAAGAUCAACAGACCUCCAGUGUCCCUUUCCAGAAUCAACACCGUGUUGAAGCAGAAGGGUGCUGCUGACAAGACCGUUGUCGUUGUUGGUACCGUCACUGACGACAUCAGAUUGUUGGACGUUCCAAAGACCACUGUCGCUGCUUUGAGAUUCACUGCCGGUGCUAAGGCUAGAAUCCUCAAGGCUGGUGGUGAGGCUAUCACCUUGGACCAGUUGGCAUUGAGAGCUCCAAAGGGUCAGAACACCGUCAUUGUGAGAGGUCCAAGAAACGCCAGAGAGGCUGUCAGACACUUUGGUUUCGGUCCACACAAGGGUAAGGCUCCAAAGGUUAUCUCCAAGGGUAGAAAGUUCGAGAGAGCCAGAGGUAGAAGAAACUCCAGAGGUUUCAAGGUCUAA